AUGAAAAUCGAGGAGAUUUCCAAGACGUCUACUUUUGCUUGGAAUAAUGAUCCCUUGCCAUUACUCGCAAGUGGAACCGUGGCUGGUGCAGUAGACGCUGAUUUCAGCACGUCGUCGUCCCUUGAAAUUUGGGACAUUUUCUCCGCUACGAACAGUAAGGAUCCGAUCUUUUCUGCUCUGGUGGAUAACCGCUUCUAUGCAAUCGCAUGGUCAAAGCCGUCUGAAGGUAGAUCAAAGGGUGUACUCGCUGGAGCAUUCGAAAAUGGGACAAUUGAAUUGUGGGACGUUCAAGAGUUGAUCACGUCAAAAGAUUUGCAAAAAGCAUCCAUUUUCAAGUCCUCGGCCCACUCGGGGCCCGUGAAGACUCUCCAGUUCAAUCCGUUGCAAGAGCAUGUUCUUCUUUCUGGUGGAUCCAAUGGCCAAAUAUUUGUUUGGGACACCAAAAAACUCUCUGAUCCCGUUGCCCCAGGCAAGGCUAUGACGCCAAUGGACGAGAUAUCGUGUGUGUCAUGGAACAAUUCUGUAAGCCACAUCUUUGCAACCACCGGAAACUCGGGCUACACUUCAAUUUGGGAUUUGAAAUCAAAACGUGAAGUUCUUCAUUUGUCGUACAGCGCCAAUUUUUCAUGCGUCGCUUGGCAUCCAACCCAAUCUACGAAACUUGUAACUGCGACUGGAAACGAUAGCGAUGCUUUAAUCUUGACUUGGGACCUCAAAAAUGCUAAUGCACCCGAAAAAAUCAUGCGUGGUCAUAAGAAGGGAAUAUUGUCCUUGGAUUGGUGUAAACAGGAUCCAGAAAUAUUGAUUUCGAGUGGUAAGGAUAAUGCUACCAUGUUGUGGAAUCCAAUCAAAGGUGAAAAACUUGGUGAAUACCCAACUACGGCCAAUUGGGCUUUCCACACCAGAUUUGCUCCUGCGGCACCAGAAAUUUUUGCAACAGCAUCAUUUGAUGGAAAGAUUGUCAUACAAUCAUUGCAGGACACCUCCCCUCCAAUGACUUCAAAGGUGACAACAAAGAACGACAACGACUUCUGGAAUGAAAUUUCAACAACAGAAACUCAACAACCUGUAUUUACUGUGCAUCAGGCCCCUGCGUGGCUCAAACGUACCCUGAGCGUGUCUUUUGGGUUUGGUUCGAAACUUGUACUGAUAAGCUUAGACUCAGAUAGUCACUCUGUUGUGAAGAUUCAACCAUUUGUAAAGAAUGGCGCAGUACUGGAAACUACUUCAAAGUUCAGUCAAGCUCUUAAAAGCAAUGACUUUAAGGAUAUCAUCGAAGCAAGAAUCUCGGAUGCUAGACACAGCAAGACUGAUAAGGCAGAUUGGGAGAUUUUGCUGAAAUUAUCUGGAGUUGGUAAGGAAGGUUUCCUCAAAGAAAUUGUUUCUACUGAACAUGAGCAGGCCAACGGUAAGAAGCCUGACGUUUCCUCCGAAGAUGGCACUGAGCCUUCACGAAAAGAAGAAGGUGACAAUGAUUUCUUCGAACAACUUGGUGAGAGUCCAAUCAAGUCUAUUCCAAACUUUGUUCCCGAAGGGAAAUUUUCAAUCGAUACAAGUGACCAAAGCGAGGCAGACAAAACAAUCAUCAAGUUACUUUUAUCGAACAAGAUCGAAGACGCGAUUUCAGCAUGUUUGGAUCAAAAGAAAUUGUCUGCUGCCCUUGUCCUUGCUCUUGAUGCAUCACCAGAGUCCAAGGCUAAAGUAAGAAAUGCAUACUUUACGAACACAAAAGGUGAUGAAAUUGCGAGAUUGAUUUAUAAUGCUUCUUCCAAGAAUAUUACCGACAUUGUGGCCAAUGCUGACGUCAAAUCUUGGAAGGAGAUUGCCGCCGCUAUUGCUGCCUUCAGCACAGAUGAGAGCGAUUUGAGCAGUAAAAUCACAGAACUUGGUGAUAGAAUCGUGCAAGCUUCUGAGAACCCAAGCACAGAAGACCGUAAUAAUGCUAUGAUCUGUUACCUUGCAGGUAAUGCUCUUGAAAAGAUUGCAUCUAUUUGGUUGAGGGAAUUACCAGAGUAUGAAAAAUCGCUUUUGGAGUCUCCUGACGAUGACGUUUCGACUCCCUCUGAUGCACACUUCAAGUCACUUAAUAAUUUCAUGGAGAAGCUUCUCGCAUACAGGUCUAUCACCAAAGCGAAUGAUACAUUGGGAGGACCUUCAAUUGAACCAAUUUGCAAUGCUAUUCUUGAGUACGCAAACUUGGUUGCAGGUUACGGCCAAUUUGAGUUGGCGGACAGCUUUUUGCAAUUGUUACCCUCCGAUUUUGCUGGUUUGAAAACAGAGAAAGAUAGAAUCUCUCGUGCGUCUGGCACUAAAGUUCAAGCUUCCAACACCAGAAGUACUACAAGCAAGGCCACAGCUUCUCGCUCUUAUGGAAAAUCUCCUGUUCCAGGAGCCUCCGUUCCACCUACACUUCCAGGGAACCAAACAUUUGCUCCUGCUGCACUGACCCCUUAUGGGGGUCUAGCUGGUCAACCGGCCGCUAGCAGUGUGUUGACUCCGGCUACUCCUUCGUUCCCAUCUAUGCCUCAACCACCCCAAGCUCCAGUGUCGAAUAGACCUCCAAUUGCUUCGACUCCUUCAAUCUACGGGAAGCCAGCGCCAGUGGGAAACCCAUACGCACCCCAGGGAGCCACGGCUUUCAACCCUUAUAAGCCACCAGCUCCAGUUGCUCCUGAACCAGUGUCCGCGCCACCUCCGGCUGUCUCUGGUCCCCCAAAGCCAGCGUACAGGCAAGAGACUGAAGGAUGGAAUGAUUUACCUGAUGCAUUCAAACAGAAGACGUCAACCCGUAGGGCAGCCCCAGCGGCAGUGGUGUCCCCCUCUUUGAGUCCAGCUCUUCCAGCUAAUAACUUUGCACCUCCCAAGCGCAAUUCUGCAGUUGCCGGACCCCCACCAAAGGGCAGUAGAAGUAGCUCAAGGACUGCGGUUCCUACUAUUCCUACAGCGGCAUCACCUAGUGCACUGACAGCUCAAUUGCAUUCAAGAUAUGCUCCUCCCCAGAGCUUCAAUGCUCCUACCGAGGUAAGCAACGGAAGUGGCUCACCAACCCCGCUGGUCCAUGCUCCUCCAAAAAACCCAUAUGCUCCAGCUGCAACAAGCUCUACCAAUUUGCCAAGAAAUCAGUAUGCGCCUCUGGUGCCUACUCCUUCCGUGCAACAACCACAGACGCCUAAGAUUGGACAUGCCUCAGCUACACCUAGUGGACCAUCACCAAAUGGACCACCCAAGAACCCAUAUGCUCCAACUGCUCAACAAGUCAGUAUGUCUCCAUCCGGAAUGGUUCCACCUCGCACAGGCUCAUAUGGAGCAGCCCCCAGUGGAGUUACCGCACCACCUCCUCCAAAGGUUGGUGGUGUCCUCCCUCCUCCUGGUCCAGUUUUGACUCAACCUAGAUCCAGAAACGCGAGUGCUGCUGCACCUGUGGAACUUACCCCUCCACCUACUAAGCCAAAGUACCCAGCUGGAGAUCGGUCUCACAUACCCGAAAAGUCGAUUCAAAUCUACACAUCAUUGGACAGCUUGACGCAGGCAGUGAAACCCAAUGUUCCAGAGCGGUUUAUCAAACAUGCAGAGGAUAUGGAGAAACGGUUGAACUUCCUUUACGAUCACUUGAAUAACGACGACUUGUUGUCAGACGACGCAAUUGCUGAGUUGAAAAAGGUCUGUUCUGCUGUAGAAGCCAAAGACUAUGCAACAGCAACUCAAUUGAAUGUCGAUUUCGCUACAAAUCACAGCGAGCAGACGGGUAAAUGGUACCCUGGUUUGAAAAGACUCAUCAGUAUGGCUGAGGCGACAUUAUAA